AAGUGUCGUUUAAAAUUUGCCACAAGCCACCUGGGAGACACACCAAACAUGUGGAAGAAGGUGCUCUGGUCAGAUGAAACCAAAAUUGACAACAAUGCAAAACGUUAUGUUUGGCGUAAAAGCAACACAGCUCAUCACCCUGAACACACCAUCCCCACUGUCAAACAUGGUGGUGGCAGCAUCAUGGUUUGGGCCUGCUUUUCUUCAGCAGGGACAGGGAAGAUUGUUAAAAUUGAUGGGAAGAUGGAUGGAGCCAAAUACAGGACCAUUCUGGAAGAAAACCUGAUGGAGUCUGCAAAAGACCUGAGACUGGGACGGAGAUUUGUCUUCCAACAAGACAAUGAUCCAAAACAUAAAGCAAAAUCAACAAUGGAAUGGUUCAAAAAUAAACAUAUCCAGGUGUUAGAAUGGCCAAGUCGAAGUCCAGACCUGAAUCCAAUCGAGAAUCUGUGGAAAGAACUGAAAACUGCUGUUCACAAAUGCUCUCCAUCCAACCUCACUGAGCUCGAGCUGUUUUGCAAGGAGGAAUGGGAAAAAAUGUCAGUCUCUCGAUGUGCAAAACUGAUAGAGACAUACCCCAAGCGACUUACAGCUGUAAUCGCAGCAAAAGGUGGCGCUACAAAGUAUUAACUUAAGGGGGCUGAAUAACUUUGCACGCCCAAUUUUUCAGUUUUUGAUUUGUUAAAAAAGUUUGAAAUAUCCAAUAAAUGUCGUUCCACUUCAUGAUUGUGUCCCACUUGUUGUUGAUUCUUCACAAAAAAAUACAGUUUUAUAUCUUUAUGUUUGAAGCCUGAAAUGUGGCAAAAGGUCGCAAAGUUCAAGGGGGCCGAAUACUUUCGCAAGGCACUGUAUACACUUAUUCAACAAGGGAGGUUAUCCUGAAUAGGUAUCUUGUUUUGUUAGCUUAUUAAUACUAAUUGGGAACACACUGGUUGAAUUGACAUUGUUUCCACAUGAAACCAACGUGGAAUAGACGAUGACUUGACGUAUGUUCCCAGUGGGAUUUAGAAAAUGCUUUUGUCCAAAGUGACUUACAUAUGGGUGGCGCCAGCGGGAAUCAAAUCCACAGCCCUUGGUUUGCAAGUGCAUACGUCAUGCUAUACAUUCUGUGUUCUAUUUCAUUCUGUGGUAUAGCCCUGCACUUGGAGGCAGAUGACUUCUGGGACUAUGAGCAUCAGGUGGACCUGGAGGCUUUCAGCACUAACACCUUCUACAGCAUCCUACUAAAACACAGUGUGUCUGUCACCGCUAGACUGAGCCAGCUCAGAGGAGAGGUGAAGGACCUGUAUCAGGGGGUGAUGGACAAGCUGAAGGGGCUCCAGCUGCAGCCGGGCUGGUCUGCAGUUGGGAAGACCAGGGAGGGCUAUGAGAGGCUGCGGAGGCAGGUGGAGCAGGAGGUGAUCCGACGUAGGUCCCUGGCCCAGCAGCUCAGGCAUCUCUUGGACAGUCAGCUCGGGGUCCUGAGGACAGAGCUGAUGGCCCAGCAGACGGUGCACAGGACCUUCGGGGCCCAUCUCAGGGAGUGUGUGAGGCUACUGGGCCAAGCAGUGGACAACACUGACCACCUUCUCUGGGAUGAACACCCACAACAUGUUGUUCAGAGGGUGGCGUCACUGGCAUCCGAGAUGGCAGAGCAGGUGUCAGGGGAGUGCCAACGACAGGGAGCUUGGGCGACCCUGGGAGAGGGCACAGGGGCGAAACUUCUGUGUCCCGACACUGGCUCCGUCCUUAGCAAGGAGGACAUCAUAGCCCCUGACGGGUCAGUGCGUGCCUGUGGAGCGGUCCAAACAGACUCUGUCACAGGUCUCAUACUACCGAAACCCCACACCCACAUGCUCCUGGCCAGCGGGCACAGUAUGCCAGUGCCCCCUGACUUCUUCCUCCACCCUCAGACUGGCAGACUGCUGCCCGUAGCUGGCAACGUGGGCUAUGACCCAGCCAGCUCUAUCCUAGUCUUCACAACAGACUCAUGUACAGGGGAUAUGAGAAAGUGGGAGUUUCCCCUCCUGCCGUUUGUGCCAUACCCCCUCUCCCGUCAUUCAGCCCAGCCCGUGACCACCCAACUGAGAGGCCUCCGCCCUGGACAAAGACUGCUGCUAGGGAGACCCAUGUGUGACCCUGACACAGGCGUCCUGGUGCCCAUUUUAGCUGUGACCAUCCACCCUCAGACUGGGCUGGUGUACCCCCUGGGAGGUGUGCAUGUGUGCCCCCUCACCCGACUGCCCCAGCCCAUCCAGGUGGGCUCUCCCAUGUUGGACCCCAUGACAGGAAAUGUGGUGCUGAUUGCCGGAGUCAGUCUAGAUCCAAUAACAGGAGCGGUGCUUCCAGUAGGCGGCCUCCUCCUGGGUGAGUCCUUCAUCGAGCCCCUGAGCAGCAUGGUGGUCCGGGUGGGCGGCGGUAGCAUCCGGGCUGGGAAGCUGGUGCCUCAUGCCGGGGGGUUCCAGGCUCUACUGAACAGCCAGACUCUGGUUGCCCGUAUCCGCCUGGUGGAGCUUCUGCGUGGGCUCAGAGAGGACUGGGGCUCUGGGGAGAUGGGUUUGCUGGGUCUGCAGGCCCAGAGGAAGGAGACUGAGCUGGGACGGAUCCAGGCUGCAGCCAAGGAGUUGGAGCAGGCCUGGGGGAAAGGGCUACACUGUCACCUGCAGCUGCUGAGCCGGCUGGAGACCCUGCUGGACUGGGCCUGGGGCGUUGUCCAAGAUGGUGGCGUCCAAGGAGAAAUCCAUCUCCCUGGUGCUGAUCUGUCCCUGCCGGCACUGGCUGGGAUGGAGUAUCCUGAUCCACAGGGCUCUGGCCUAACGGUCCCCAUCCUGGGGGCUCAAAUGGACCCUGUGUCAGGACUCGCUGUCCCCCUGGCUGGAACCAUGGAGGACCCAGAUGGCAAAGGACUAGUUGCGAUUCGUUUUGGGGCCCUGACAGUGGACCCUGUAACAGGGGUGCUGGCUCCUGUUGUGGGGGUUCGCCUGGAUGUGUCCAGACAGACUGUUGUGCCUGUUACUGCUUCAUACUGCCUGGCUCUGGGAGAUAAUACUGACAGUGUGCUGGUGGAGGCCCUGCGGAAGGAGUGGUGUCUGAGGAACAGGUACUGGAAAGAGGAGAAACAGAAGGAGGAGGAGCUGCUCGGGGAUCUGGAUGCAGCUCUGCAGCACUGUGUCCUUGUGGCCACUCAGGAGGACUCUGAGCAGGCCCACUGGGUGGACAACGAGAGGCAGCUGAGGGAGGCUGCAGCGGAGCUUCAUGAGGCUGGCCAGUCAGAAGCCCAGAGGAGAGCAUCCCAGCUUUCAGACCUGUCUCUGCUCCUGCCUCCUCACGUUCUGCUCAUCCUCACUCAAGGUGAUGAUAAGGAGUGGGAGCAGCAGUGCUGCUGGCAGACAGAGCUGCUGGCUGGGCUGGACAGGGUGAACGUGUGCGUGGAGAAACUGCAGCAAGACCAGGAAAGAUGGACAGCACAGAGAGGAGAGCAGAAGCCAUCAAUCCAUGUCAUGGAUGGGAAACUGAGACAGAGAGAAAUAUGGGAGCAGCUAAACUCCAGGCAGGCAGAACUAGAUGCUGCUCUUAUAGCGCUGCGUUGUGUCCGAGAACUCUGCCAACUCCGUGCAGAUACAGCACAGUCUGUGUUAUCAGGUUCCUUCUGGUACAAGGAGUUUGGGCUGGCCAGGCUGAUGGUCCCCAGUAACCCUCUGAAGGUGGUGUCGUUGACCCAGCAGAAAGCUGUGCCUCUCCUGGAGCGACUCAUUCAGCUUCUGGAGGAGAACAAAGAGCCAAGUCUCUCCCCGAGCACCUACCGCCAGCGCAUCUCUGGUUUGUCAACAAAACAGACGUUUGGAUUGGAGACAUGUUCUCGUGCAUGGACAGAGUCCGUGCCUGUGGUUAAAGGAAUCUCCACCCAGUCUCUGAGAGACCCAAUGAAGGCUCAGCCUCAGGACCAGGAUUCGAAGGGCCCCAGUGUCCCCCAGCCCAGUCCUACUCAUUCACAGACAGCUCACAGAAAAGCUGCCAUCUCUGACAUACACUCACAAGAGGGCGAGCCUAUGAAUGAAUCUGUUCAGCAGUCACAUGUCUGUGUCCCCACACUGUCAGAGGGGGAGUGGGAUAAACUGCUGGAGCUCUCCCCACUCUUCCAGCUUCUAAAGCGUGUGGAAAGGAAACUGAGGGGCCCAGCGCAAGAUGCAGGACUUCUGAGGGGGGAGCUCGACGGCAGAGCGAGCUCUUUUAUUGACUAUCUGGAUGCACAGUGGGAGUGUGAAGGAGAGCUGCUCCUUCUUGACCCAGGUCGUCUUAAUCCCAGAGAGUUCCUGGUCUACCACCAUGGACUAUUCCUACUGCAAACACUACACACUCUCGAACUGACUCCAGCAGUGUCACUCCAGAUAGCAACUAGUCUUCCAUCCAAUAACUACAAAUACAACGCCUUCCGGAAUUCCUUCUUUUAUCAGGAGGCUGAGAAGACAGUGUUUGUUCGUCGCCAGAGGCUGCAGUCAGUGGGAGGAUUCUCUCUGCUCCUCUUGCACUGUCUGUCACAUGUCGCUGUUGGGGACAUGAGCGUCGACUCCAGUCCUACCUUCCAACGGGCUUUCUUCAAGCUGCUGCAAGCAUGUCUGGGUGAGCUAUUCGAGGCCCGACUAGAGAGUUCCUCAAUGGGUAUGGAAUGUGCUGCUCCACAGAGCUCCAUGCCAUGGGACUCCCACCCCACCUCCCUGCUGGAGGGGCUUCAGAGGCCCAGUCGGGGGCUCCUUUCACAGGAAGAGGUGGAGGGGCUCCUGCAGAAGCACAGGGAGGAUUUGGUGUUCCUCCAUGUUGAAAGGCUGUUGAGAAAGAAGAGCUUGAUGCUCCGAACCACGGAAGUGCGUCACAAAGCCCAGGAGGAAAAUACUGAUCAAGCUCAGUGAUUGUCAACCAGGGGGGCAUAUGACAUGAUUUAGGGGUCCCUGGAUUUUGGGAAAGCAUUUUAGUAAGCGUCGGAACGGAAAAUGUUGAGAGCCCCUCACAUACAGUACUUGUUAUAAUUCAUGAUGGCUGAUCUGCUUGGGAAAUACACAGUUGUGUAUGGACUGGAAUCUGAUGAAAGACCAAAACGUUCUCCUUGUGAGUGUGACGGAGAGGUUCUUCAUGCACACACACCUAUCCUUUUACAAUCUGUAUACAACCUGACCAUGACGUCACAAAAUACCUCAGACUGACAUCACUGCAACCAGGUUUGCCCUACUGGGACUAGAAUGCUGGGACGGUGGCGCAGGAGGUGUCCCUCAUACCUAUGUGUGUUGAGAUUAUUUGUAGGAUCAUCAGUUGCUGUUGUCCGUUACAGGCACAAUCUGUGAUAUUUCCUGCUGUUCAAUGGUCAUGUCAAUGAAUACCCAUUGGUUCGUGAUGAAUAUAACUUUAGAAAUGCCUUUAUUUUAGUGCAACUGCAUUACUCUAUCAUAAUCCAAAAUAUAGGUUGCAAUGCUCCAUGUUUUAGCUUUUUCUUGUCAUCUUACUUUUUGUUAACAAUAAUUGUAUAAUUUAAAGAAAUGUGUAUGUUUAAAACUAUCAUAUCAAUCUUUUUGAUAACCCUUGUAUCCAUAGCUGAGUGUAUGAAUUUGACAGUGGUUGCAUUUCUUCAGUUCCACCUCCCUGCUUAAAUGGCGGCUGCUGCUGUUGGGCUGAAACGUUGUGGUGUUAAAAUCUAGAUUGUAGUAGAGGUUUUGAGUUUUAGAACAUUGGUAUACACAGUAUUGACACAGGACACUGUAGGAGGACAGAUAAGUCUUAAAAUCUUUUUUAAGAUCCAAGACUGAUUUUUACACUUUAUGCAAUGAUCAGUCUGUACUUUUGAUGUAAACUGUUAUGCCUGUAUUGCUUGUAUCAACAUUUCUAUGUCUCAAAUGUGCUUGGAAAUAAAUAAACAAAGACCAUGAAUUA